AGACAUACUCGUGUUACAUGGCAACAACAUUCAAACAACUGGAGGAGGAAAGACUGGAGCUAAUGUUUGUGGGUAACUUCAGCGAAACGUUCCUGUUCCACACACGACUGGAGUGACGAGAUCUUCACCUGGAGGGCCUCCAUGAGCCAGCGCAUCAUGACACAUAGCUUGCACGAGCGAGCGCUCGCGCAAUUCAGGCGACAGGAGGAGAGACGCGAGGAUGAGAGUAGACGUGUGGCCAAAGAAAAGCAGAUUCAAGCAAAUCUCAAAACCGAAGAGAGAGUCGAGAUGAAAAGGUAUCUGCGCAUGAUGCAAGAUGAGGAGUACGAGAGACAAAUGGAGAAAGCCUUCCUGAAGGCAGAGCAGGACAGAAUAUACAAAGAGAAGCUAAUGGAGCAGGAGGAGAGAAUGGCAAAGGAACUGGCACGCAUAAGUUAUGAAAAAAUGCGAGAUGAGAAAAUGAGACAGUACAUCAAAGAAAACAGUGUGGAGAUUCGGGAGUUAGAGGCAAAGCUGAAGUCUGCUUACCUAAACAGAGCAAGAGCAGCACAAAUAGCUGAGAAGGAGGCCGUGAGGCAUGAGGCAAUGAAGGAGGAAGCUGAUAUUGCAUGCAGGAUGAAGAGUGAGCAGGAGCGAGCAGCCAUAGAGGAGGAGAAGCAGGAGCAGAGGCGCUAUGAGGAACUAGUUCGCUAUCAGCAAGAACUUGAGAAGCAACUGGAGGAGAAGGAGCGAAAGAGACAAGAGUCGUAUGAGGAGUUCCUCAAGGAGAAACUCAUGGUGGAUGAAAUUGUGCGAAAGAUAUAUGAGGAGGAUCGCAAGAAGCAUGAACUCCGGCUUGAGAUGGUCACAUCCACACAGCGAUACAUUCAGGAGUUCAAAAAGCAGCAAACCGAAUGGAGACGCCUGGAACGAGAGAAAAUGGAGGAAGAAAACAGGCGCAUUUUGGAGUAUGCCAAAAACCAGGAGAGGAAAGAACAAGAGAGGAUGGCUAGUGCCAGAAAAAGAGAGACCGCCAAAGAGAACCUUUACAAGAUGCUGACUGAAAAGAUUGAAAUCGAACAGAGGCAGCAGGAGGAGAUGGAGCGUAUCCGUGAGGAGCUCUAUCUUGAGGAGCAGGAAGAAGUUGCCAGGCAAAAAGAAAUCAAAAAUAUGGAGCGCAGGAUCCGGCAGAGGCUGGAGCUGCAGCAGACGUAUCAGGAACAGCUGGCCUUUAAACAGCUGCGCCUUCAGGCUGAGAAGGAUGAGGAGGAAGUGUUCAGACAGAUGAUGCUGGCCAAAUUUGCUGAAGACGACCGCAUUGAGCAGAUGAAUGCUCAGAAGCGGCGCAUGAAGCAGCAGGAGCACAAGCGUGCUGUGGAGAAACUGAUAGAGGAGAGGAGGCAGAAAUACCUGGCUGAUAAGGAGCGGGAAGCAGAGGAACAAGCGAUGGAACAGGAGAGAGAAGCUCAGCGACGACAAAUUAUCGAGGAGGAGAGGUUGAAGCUUCUCAAGCUCCAUGCUACACAGCUAUUGGGGUACCUCCCAAAGGGCAUUUUCAAGGAGGAUGAUUUGGAACAUUUUGACGAAGAUUUCAAGAGCAGUUUACGGAAACGUGAACCUGACAUCUUUUCAGAGGACGACUGCGGAGAAGAUGAGCAAUAAGUCAUAUCUACGUGUGACCACUAGAUGGCAGCCGUGAUUGAUUUCUUUUUGUUUGUUUUUAGUUUCGAUUUCUUUUUGUUUUGUUUUGUUUUUAAAAAAAAGCUUUGAACCUGCUUUUUCCAUUAAAAAGAGUACAUCAUCUGGAUAAACUGU